AUCGUCGAUAUAUUUUACUUAUAUUUAGGUUAGAUCAUUCGAAAUUUGUGUUAAGAUUUUAAUCGAAUUUACUUAAUAUCGUAGAGUUAAGAUAUACGAUCUGGUUUUUAUUAGGAUAUGUAGUCAUGUAAAAUGAAGUAGUCGUUUAGAGAUAUUUUAGUAUUCGACGUUGGUAAUAGCAGGAGAGGAGGAAUCAUUGGUCCUAACGGAAAUUCGGCAAUGCAAACAUGGCGCGAAAUAGAGCCGGCGCUGUCGGUCGUUCCUCGUUAAUCCGUACGAAUAAACCAUAGAAUAAGUAUUCUUUUUUUCUUCUGGGGGUUAUGCGUUUGUAGUGUUGUAGAGGAUUGGGUGGUUGGACGCGCACGCUCCUCUUACACCAUCAUACAUCUCUCACAUCGUCACCGCCAUCACUACCACCACCAAACCAUUACAUUAUAUUCGAUUGCUACUACACAAUCGUGGAAGGUUUUUGAUAGUGUUAUUCCGCGUGAUGCGCUUGCGUGUGAGUUGAAGUAGUGGUAGUGGUCGUGUCAUCGCGUCGUCGUUAUAACAUAUUCGUAAUCGUUGGUAACGUAGUGGUGUGUGAAUGACGCGAGAGGGAACACGACGAUGAAACGUUUCUGCUAGCAUACAUCUAACUAACAUACAUAUAUACAUACAUACACACACGCACACAUAGAUACAUAGCACAUAGAUACACGAAUACGUCCUUGCGGCAAUGGGAAAAGUGGCGGCGUAUGCGCGGCUCCACGCUAGAGAAUUUUUCUCCCUCGCGGAUGGCAACCUGGAUAUCGAUUGUCAUUAUUUAUAUCGUGUUGUUGAGGGAGUCGAGUGAAAUAGAGAAUGACGGAUAGCCAGCAGCAGUUUUGCUUGCGGUGGAACAACUUUCAGGCGAACAUCACGAGCCAGUUCGAGGCGUUGCGAGAUGAUGAAGACUUCGUCGACGUUACCUUCGCCUGCGAUGGCAGGCGACUUCAGGCUCACAAGGUCGUCCUAUCCGCUUGCAGCCCUUACUUCAAGGAGUUGUUCAAGACCAAUCCCUGUAAACAUCCGAUAAUUUUUAUGCGGGAUGUGGAAUUUGAACAUCUACAAUCACUGCUGGAGUUCAUGUACGCCGGUGAAGUAAACAUUUCACAAGCUGAAUUGCCUACUUUUCUGCGUACAGCCGAAUCUCUACAAAUCCGUGGUCUCACCGACUCUCAAAGUAGUCAGCACAACAACGAAAAGCACUUGAAGACGAAUAAUGUUCACGCAUCAAAUGGCCGUGGUCUGAUCUCACCGAGCUUGGACGAUGAGCGCAGUAAAACUCCACCACCAUCGAGCCCUCCACCAUUAAAAAGGCUGUGUAAAAGAAGUGAUUCACCUCAAAUCUCUAGUCCAAUACCUACUGUGACGCCUUGCGCUAGCAGUACACCUCUCUCACGACCGCUUAUAGAGCCGCAAGUUCAGCUUGACUGUUAUAAGGAUAUUGAUAUUGUGGAGCCAAAAGUAGAGCUACCUGAAUAUGGCAGUGAUGAUGAUUGCUCAUCGAAACAAGAAGUUAACGCGUUACCUGGUGGUUUCCUUAGUUUGGAUGGUGGUAUGGAAGUGUUACCAACAUAUCCACCAUCUUUUCAAGGAACCAGUAUGGAAGGUGGCAUGCCUGGACCUUCACAUGGGAACAAUGAGCUGAAUCAAGAGCAGCAAGCUGACCUGCGUAAACUGCACUCGCUGGACCCACGCCCCUGUCCUGUGUGCAACCGCAUGUACAGUAACUUGUCCAACCUGCGGCAGCACAUGCGCCUCAUCCACAACCCUCAGAGUGUCACAUGCCCUCUAUGUAACAAGCCCUUCAAGACCAAGCUGUACCUCAAGCGUCACCUGGUCAGUUUCCACGAACUCAGUGUGGCGGACAGGCAACGUCAGGAGGAAAUCUACCAUCAUCAGGUUAAAGUUCAGGUUCAAGGACAGGGUGGUCAAGCACAGGUUCAGGGUGGAGCUCAGGCUCAAACACAGACACAAGUUCAGGCUCAAACACAGGCUCAAAUUCAGGCUCAAACGCAAGCUCAGGUGGAUAACAAAGUGCUCUUGACUGCUUCUGCUCCACUCUCUCGUCUUCCCGCGGAAGAUACCGGGGGGAGCGGAAGUGGUAACGCCGUAGAACCAAAGCUGAGAGCGUACCAGGCACAGGCCGGGGAUAAUUCUUAUUCCGUAGAGGUUGCUCAAAUUGGUGAUACGAAGCAUUUUGCGAGCGGAAUAUUGCAGUUCGAUGCUUCGUAUAACUAAUGUAUAGGUUUUUAUUUAUUUUUAUUGUAUUUCCCAGUAUCAUUUUGUGAUAUAUAGAGAGCGAGAUGGAGUCAAGUUAAAAUUUAUUAUUUAGUGAACUUGUGAUUCAAUAGGAAACGUAUCUUUACAGUUGAUCGACAAGUAUAGAUAGAAAUAACGUUACGAUACAAGGCUGAUUCUGUAUUUAGGUGAUCAGAAACUACUACUGUGCAAGAUGAGGCACGGGUGUAAUACGUAAUUCGAAAUUAUUUAAAAAUGACGUACGGAAUUGCAAUACUAAACGAAAGUGCGUUGUCAUCGAAUGCGUAACGUUUAUCCGCAUUACACUUUUAUUUCUGUGCGUAAAUGAAAAGUUUAUAUAGGUCGUAUCUAACUCGACUAUCAUCGAUACGAUUAUUAAACCGUGUACAUAGGUUUGGGAGACUAGUUUACAUAUAAUAUCCCGUGCCUAUUCAUCAUAUAAAGAUGAUGAACGUUAAUAAGGGGGAAAUAACUAAAAAAUAUGCCGUAGGUGGAGCAGCCAUCCCACCUCGUACUGAUAAUUCUGCAGCCGGAUACUUGUUGUUUUAUUUAAUGCUAUACAGUGUUAUACAGACUACAGAUAUUUACAACAAUAUUAUAUUCUUACAGAGAAUUAUAUUUACUUUAUUAUUGCAGCGCAAUGUGCAAUGACAUAGCUCGUACAUGAUAUAUUUUUCACAUGCAUACAUUGCAAUAUACAGCCAAUCGACAGCUCAACAGAGUAAUAAUAUUUAUUAUUAACAGUUAUCAACAAACCGUGAUCGCAACUAUGCAGCAGAUUGAAUUAAACAAUAUAUAAUAAGGGGGCAUUGUUUGUGCUGGUUUUUUUCUCGCAUGAACUUUGGAGAGGAUUUUCUUUUUUUGUUUUGUUUUUAUAUAUACACAUGUAUAUAACUAAUCUCUUUUUUUAUUAGUCUCUUUACUUAAAUUUAUAUGAUUUUAAAAUACUCGUCGAAUAUCUUGUAUUCGACGAGUCAGAUCAGUAUUAUUAGGAAUUAUUUUGGAAAUAUCUUUUGUGGAUUAGGUAAUUCGAAGUAGGAUUUUUUUUUAUACUUAUAUAUAUGAAAGUAAAUUCACGAAUAAUAUCAUUAUCAUGCGUAUACUUGAAAUUUGUUGAUAAUGCAUGUUUAUUGGUGAUUUACGCGUUUAUAGUAUUAUAUCUUUCCUUUUCUUUUUAUCUUAUUUUUGUAUAUACACAGAUUCACAUUUUUGAGUUUACGUAAUGUUUGUUUUUUUUCUUUCUUUCUUUAGUAGGUUUAAAAAAGAAAAAAAAAACAAAAAGGUAUCUUUAUCUUUCUUUCAUUCGACGUUAGUAUUUUUAAUUAUUAUAAUUAUGACAGAAAUAAGCCAGCAUAGACUUCUGCUACACAAUUCCAUAGCCAUAGUACCACACAGUACAACUCAGGAUCUUUUAUAUUAUAUUUUACAGAUGACAAUAGUUCCAUAAGUACGAUUAUUUAGAAUAACGAUUCUAAGAAAUAACUCGACAAUUAUGUUACUUAGAAUCGUCAUUUAAAAAAUCGUACUGUUCAGAUGACAGGCUCCUUACCUCACAUACAAUCAAAUUACUAAACAGAUGCAGCUAUAUAUUAUUAUAAUAUAUUUACAUACAACAAUUUUACAAUAGUACCGGAAAGUUGCAACGACUGCGACUAACACAUAUUACCAAUAUUAUACAAACGGUUUUUAUUAUCUGUUAUUACAUUGGUAAGUGAUUGCAAUGUUUUUUUACAAGUUAAAUGUACUGCGAAUGUACAUUCGAAACUUUUGUUUACAAUACAAAUGGAUGCCCAGCAUAAACUAACAAUUAGUACCGAAAUAAGAUUAGAUUAUAAAUGUUGCAUAUCAUAUUAUAAUAUUGUUAUACAUUUGCCAAGCAGAGUUACAUUCGCCAAUUGUCAGGCAUUGGAUCAGACGCAGGCUUUCAUUUAAAUUUUUAUUUGAAGAACAAAAAAAAAUUAAGAAAAAAAAAAGAAAAAAGAACAAAAAGAAAAGAAAAGACAAAAGUAACAAUAUAAUUCCAAAUCACGUUCUUAACAACACAGUAAUAUAUAAUUGAAAAAUUGACGAAGCGCCUUGAUAAGUGUUUUCAAUACAACCGAGAUUUCAGUCCUUUUUAUACAAUUUUAGAAUUUAUUCGUGUAUAUUUUACAGGAUAACAUAAGAGAUCGUAGUAUUAGUUAAAUUUUUCUUUUAAAAUGGCCUUACAUUUUAAUCGUAUAACAACAACAACAAUAAUAACAACAACCAAGACACAAAUACACACAACAAGAGGUUUUUAUUAUACAAUAAUAAUAUAAAUGCAAUAGAGAGAUAUAUGACAGUAAAUGUACAGUUCUUUGUUACAGUCACACCGUUGAUUACGGUUAAUGUAUUUAAUCAUAGCUCCGUCUAAGAGAGUACGACGCGUGCUCUUUUUAACAACAGAGUUUUUUACCACUAGUGCAAAUUAAAUCCGUUGAAUUUAUAAUAAUGGCGUUACUUUGAAAAAGGCCUAAUUCACUAACUUUUUAUAUCGUCUCAUAAAUAUAUAUAAAUCUAUAUAUAUAUAAAAAUAUAUAUAAAAACAUAUAUAUAUAAAACUGAUCCAUUGCCUGAGAUCCAUAUACACUAUGUAUAUCAGAGUGAUGUGUUACAGAAAUAUCACACAAUAGUAAGCAUCAUUUGACAAGCCAUACUUCGCUGGGCAUUGGAAACCGGUUACCUAGCUAUAUUACUACAACACAGUGCAGUUUUUAAAUCUCACUGUUACACUUACAAUUAUGUCGACUUCUGAUUGGGUGUUCGAUGGUUGAAAAUUAAAACCAUAUAUAUUGUGGGUGACAGUUGAAACAAAUAUUACAAAUUAACAUUAAAAAAUUAAAAAAGAAACAAACAAAAAAAAAAACAAACCAAAAUAAAAAUAAAAUCAACAAAAACAAAAAUCAUACACACAAAAAACAUUACAAAGUUAAUAUGCAAAAGUCGAUCGUUCGGUUUAUGGGUAUACAUAUAUAUUUCCAUAUAUGUAUAUGCGUCAAAAGUUAUACUUUUUAAACAGAUAUAAUAGAAAUGAAAAACAACAAACAAACAAACAAAAAAUAAAGAAAGAAAAAGAAUUACAACAAAUUUCUGGCUAUUAUAAAACUACACGGUUUACGAAGCAAGGUCCAAACUUAUAGAAAGAAAAAAAACAAUAAAACAAAA